AAAUGAUUGAUUGAUUCCACAAUUAGGUUUAAUAACGUAUAAACCCAAAGAUAAAGAGUAUUUAGAAGCUUCCCAUUUCAGAGAAGAGGCACCAUUUUCUAAAGUUUGCAAUCAUGUCAAGAUAUCUUCUCAUUGUGACUCUUAUAUUUUGCGUCCAUCUAAGGCUAGGAGUUGCAGAAGGAUCUGAACGCAGUCUUCACGACCAUAGGCUAUCUGUGGACAACGUUAUUAUUAAAUCUACUGAACCUGGAAAGCCUCCACCUCUGGGUUACAUACGAUGCUCCACUCCUAGAAGAUGCUGUCAAGCAGGUGUCACAUGCUGUCAUGGUGAUAUGUACUGCUGCCAAGGCAUUACGGUUCUCUUCAAGGGAAUAAAAUGUUGAAGUAUCUUAACUACCAUUCUUGUGAUGGAGUUGUUCAUAUAUUUUACCCAAAUAUGAA